CGGCACCACCACCCGUCGCUUCGUGGGCCACACCAAGGACGUCCUGAGCGUGGCCUUCUCCUCCGACAACCGCCAGAUCGUGUCGGGCUCGAGGGACAAGACCAUCAAGCUCUGGAACACGUUGGGCGUCUGCAAGUACACGGUGCAGGACGAGAGCCACUCGGAGUGGGUGUCCUGCGUCCGCUUCUCCCCCAACAGCAGCAACCCCAUCAUCGUCUCCUGCGGCUGGGACAAACUGGUGAAGGUGUGGAAUUUGGCCAACUGCAAGCUGAAGACGAACCACAUCGGGCACACGGGCUACCUGAACACGGUGACCGUCUCCCCCGACGGCUCCCUCUGCGCCUCCGGUGGCAAG